CAGCAGCUCAGAGGCCUGAGCGGCUUCAGCUUCACUCUGCCAUCCUCACAGAAACCUCCUCCUGGAGGAUCCUCAGUGCAGUCAGGUUCACGGAUCGCUCGCUCAUGAAUGGGUCACAGCUCUCCACCCCGGAUCACAGGACUUCCAGCAGUUCUUCACGGACGGACGGGGGUUUCUCCUCAGCUUUGUGGUGGGGGGGCACAUGUGAGACUCGGCCUGCAGGCGGGAGGACAACCUUGAGGGACCAUCUGUGGGAAGCCGCUGGAUCCUGAGAUGCCAGAAGAAGUUAAUAAAGACGCCAUGAGAACUCCAGCGACUUCAGAUAAGGCCACCAACAGCGAGCGCCCUGCAGCCACGACUGUCAACAUCCCUCUGGUUAAUGAAGUCCAGCUGACGGCGGCCACCGGCGGCGCAGAGCUCUCCUGCUAUCGCUGCACCGUCCCGUUCGGCGUGGUGGUGCUCAUCGCCGGCAUCGUGGUCACGGUGGUGGCUUACAGCUUCAACUCCCACGGAUCGACCAUCUCCUACUUCGGCUUGGUGCUUCUGUCGGCCGGGCUGCUGCUUUUGGCGUCCAGCGCCAUCUGCUGGAAGGUGAGGAUGGAGAGGAAGAAGGAGCGGCGGCGGGAAAGUCAAACCGUCCUGGUCACCAACCAGAGGAGCAUCUUCUCCUGAUUUACCGGGUUUGGGUUUCGGCAGCUGCCGCCGCAGAACACAAAGCUUUGAAGACGUUGUUGAGGACUUGUUCUGCAGAUGUGGAGCAUCUGGCGAGCCGGGAACGCCGCCAGGAGGAAAGUUUCACAAUUAAGACGAAUGACCGCUGCGAGCUGCAGCCAACAGGAAGUCUCUCAUUAAUCUGCCGCCGCUUUGAUUGGAGUGGAGGAGGAAAGCCGGGAAAAGAAACGCUGAGGAGGAGGACGGGACCUGGAAACGGAGGAUUCACACCUUUGAAGCUUCAGCGCACUUUUACCAACUUUUUCAGCGUUUUGUGGAGGAACGGUACGGGACGCAGGGAGGACUUUACUCCCAAGAAACUCUUUGAUUCUUAAUACAUCUGCUAUAACAUCUGACUGAGUUUAUUAUUAAUUCUCAUGGAAAAUGUGAAAUUCUCAAACUGUAAAAACAUAUAAAAUGUCCUAUUUGUCUUCUUUAACUGAGACUUGUACUAACUGCAAAGUAGAAGAAUGACUUUAAUAAAAAAUAUUAUAACAGAGAA